AUGUUCUGCAGCGCUUUGAAGUUCUGUACGCUUUUGGUCCUACUGACCAUCAGUGGAUCAUCUGGAACUCCUAAUAAACUCAUUGAACGGCAAACCAUUGAAGAUGAAUAUGACUUUGUUAUUUGUGGAGGCGGAACUGCGGGCCUUGUCCUGGCUAACCGACUAUCCGAGUCUGGUAAACACACUGUCCUGGUGUUAGAAGCAGGUCCCGAACCUACGGUGGUGUCAGCAUACAAAACUCCAGGAGGCAAUCAGUUUUUAGCAGGCACUGCAAUUGAUUGGAGUUUCUACACUCUUCCCCAAGAGCACCUUGGCAGGCGCAUUCUACCAUACCAUCGCGGCCGUGGUCUUGGUGGAAGUAGCACCAUUAAUGGCCUCUACUACGGACGAGGAAGUGCCAGCAUUUAUGACAAAUGGGCCAAGCUAGGAAACCCAGGGUGGGGAUGGGAUGAUGUCUAUCCUCAUUUCGUGAAGAGCACUAGUUUCAACCCUCCAGAUCCAAAGAGUGGAUUCGACCAAAGCUACCAGACCUGGGAUCCAAGUGCAUAUUCCGACGGUCCUCUUCAAAUCGGAUUUCAGGGCUAUGUGCCACCAUCUGGCGUUGGGUUUAUCCGUGCUUGUAAAUCUGCUAACAUCCCAAUCGUCGAAGAGUUGAAUAAUGGAAACGGCACAGGGGUGAAACAAGGAACGGGCAAUCUUGACGCAAGGUACCGUCGAAGCUCAAGCUACGAUAGCUUUUACCAGCAAGCUGCUAACCGAUCGAACUUGAAUGUCUUGCAUUAUGCGCCCGUCACGCAAAUUGUUACCGAGACUGGGGCAAGGAACCCUAAAGCAAAAGGAGCUGUCUUCAUCGACGAAGAAACAGGACUGAUUCAUAAAGUGAUGGCGAGGAAAGAGGUUAUCUUAAGCAUGGGUGUAUUCCACUCUCCUCAACUCCUCAUGUUGUCUGGAAUUGGACCUUCUGCGGAGCUAGAAAAGUUCGGGAUAAGCCUUGUACUGAUCAACGAGAAUAUCGGGCAACACUUGAAUGAUCAUUCUGUUUUCAGCAUUAUGGCAAAAGCCCAACCGCAAGCUUCCACGUCUCAGAUGGCUGCUUCAUUUGACUCUCUUGAUCAGGCCCAAGAGCAGUUUUACAGCAAUCUCUCGGGACCUUACACUGCACCUUCUGGAAUUACAAACGGGUUUCAAAUUAUGUCAGACUCUGAACUUAAGGCCAUUGGGGCAGGUGAAAUCAUCCUGCGAGGCCUCACUAAUCAAUCCCACGUCGAAUACCUAUACGAAUCGAUCUGGUACCCUGGCGGACCAACUCCUUUCUAUAUACCUAAAAGCAACGAAUCUUACAUUUCACUUACUGCAUCAAACCUUGUUGCUCUCUCUCGCGGCAAUAUUACUCUUAAGUCAAGUUCGAUGGCCGAUGCUCCCAACAUCAAUCCAAAUUACUAUGUCGACCCUACCGACCGUUCUAUCGCUAUCCAAUCUUUCAAAUACCUUCGCAAAAUCUUUGCCGACCCUGAACUGGCCCAAUUCACCACCGGUCCCGACAACGGGGAAGUCAGCCCAGGUGCAUCUGUCAGCAAUGAUGACGAUGAUGCCAUCUUCGAGUACGUUAAGUCAAACACGAUCCCCAACUGGCACGCCUCGGGAACCAACCAGAUGCUACCACUUGAGAAGGGUGGCGUGGUGAGCCCUGAAUUGAAGGUAUAUGGGGUGGAUAACCUGAGAGUCGUGGAUUGUAGUGUGAUUCCCUUAUUGCCGGAUGUGAAUAUUGUUGGUCCGGUGUACAUGAUUGCAGAGAAAGGAGCGGAGAUGAUCAGAAGGGAAUACGGUGACUAGCCUAGCGUAACCAAGGUUAGUGACAUUUGCGAGACACAUUACUACACGAGGCCACCACGGAGGGAUUGUUGGUGGAUUGGGGAGAGAAGUAGGUACACAUGGAAGGAAUAUGUAAGUAUUCCUGGGAGAAUGCCAAUUCAACCCUGUACGCCAAACUCGAGUUGCUUAAUUUCUCAAGCCAACUGCCAAGAUCCAAAGCGCUGUGUUAGACCGUUCUACCCCUACCGG